GCCGUCAGUCAAAUCGGGCAGCAGACGCACCCAUCGGGCUCAUCACCGUCGGCAGUCUUCAGGUUUCGAUGUAAAUGAACACCUGGACGCUCGGCUACCCGCUUUUCUUAUUUUAUUGACAAAAAAAAAUUGCGCUGUGAGUUUGUUUUAAUUAACUUACCACCUUUGCCAUGGAGAGGAGAACUUCUACACUGGUCCUGCUUUGUGUGGUGUGGUCAGCUGCUGCUGCCCUCCAGGUUGACAUCCCAAAGGAUCAGUAUGAGUUUGCCAGAGGAGACAACAUCACACUACCCUGCACAUUUACAAGCGUUAUAUCAAAUCCAUCACAGGUCACGAUCACAUGGUUUGCUGGUGAUGUUGUGAUUCUCACCCACUAUCAUCCCUCUGGAGACACAGACAUUAACAUAGAGGAUCGGGUGUCUGUGGAUGCAAAUAUUAACGGUGGAUCUGGGAAAGCUGACCUUAAGAUUAACUCUGUCACAAUUUCAGACAACAACAAAUACCAGUGUCUUGUCCAGAUCCCCAGGGACAAACAAGGCAAAAUUUCUGACACAGCAACAUUGACUGUUCUAGUGGCUCCAUCUAAACCCAUCUGCAAGAUUCAGGGUACAGCAUCGUACGGCCAAAACAUCAACCUCACCUGUGUUUCUGAGGAAGGGUCUCCUCCUCCAACUUACAAGUGGAACAGUUAUGAUGUCCUAAACAAUCCUCGUGCUCAUGAACCCAGAACCACUGAUAAGGGAGGCAUCCUGUCUCUGUACAACAUCACCAAAGAGACCUCAGGAUUUUACAUCUGCAUCUCACAAAACAAGAUUCGCUCAGCUUCCUGCAACCUCACAGUCUCAGUCUUGCCACCAUCCAUGAACAUCGGUUCAACUGCAGCAAUCAUUGGAGCAGUCGCCAUAGGUUUGGUCUUACUGAUCAUUAUCAUCUAUUGCUGUUGUUGCCGAAAGAAGAACGAAGACAAGGAGAAUUAUGCCAUGGCACCAGUUGGUGACGAAGAGUCUGUUCGAAAUGGUGAAGGAGAGAAGAGCAAACAUGAUGAUUCCAGUGUGAACAAAGCAGUUAAUCCACGUGACAACUACGAGGAGAGGAGUGAACGCAACUAUGACGGCCGAAGCGACUAUGAUGACCGCCGAAGCGACUAUGAUGACCGCCGUAGAGACUACGAUGACCGACGCAGCGACUACAAUGACCGACGCAGCGACUACGAUGACCGACGCAGCGACUACAAUGACCGACGCAGCGACUACGAUGACCGACGCAGGGACUACGAUGACCGACGCAGUGACUACGAUGACCGACGCAGCGACUACGAUGACCGACGCAGCAAACCCAGUGACCGCAAUGAACGCUAUGAUGAUGACCGCCGCUAUGAUGAUGAGCGACGCAGCUAUGAUCGCAGAGACCCCCGCUAAGACGAUUACCGCGACAAACCUUAGAGAAGCUGGACUAGGGUCUAGCUUCUCACGACUAGGGUAAUGACUAGAUAAUUUGUGUUAAAUCACAGAUUUGUUUAACAGUUUUAUAUAUAUAUUUUUUAACCUAAUGCACAAAUUAUUCCCCAUUGGAAUUUUUCCUGAGAUUUUAAAACAUGAUAUAGACUCUUGAUUGUUCAGUUAUCAAUUAUCGUACAAGAAAAGAAAAUAGACCAGAAAAUCUUGUUGCAACUUACGAACGAAGUGUUUUCCAAUCUGUUUUGAGAUGAUUGCUGAGCCCACUGUACAAGUUACUAGUCAGUGCAAUGCUGAUGAAACAUUGUGCUAUAAAAGACACUAUGUACCUGGAAAAUUCAUAAUACUGCCCCUUUAACUGCAACCAAAAAUUAAUUACAGCUGCAUUCCAAAUCCAGAUAAUAAACACAUUAGGAGGUGGGCAACAUUUCACAUAACCACCACACAAAAUAUAUAUUUUUAGGAUUGCUGCAUAUUAUUUAAAGUGCCAAACGACUUCCUCAUAUGUGUUGAGCUAAUUAUAGUAAGUGGAAGUCUUCACAUGAUUGUAUGUCAAAUAUCACAUACUUUGAAAAAUUAUCCUCCUUAGAAAUCAAAAUGUAAAUAUGCUUUGAUGCUUACCUUGUUCUUUCUGAGAAAUAUGUACAUAAUGCGUUUGAUUUUUAUAAAUACUGCUUCAGUUUUUACAUUCAGUUACAUGUUAAGUUGUUUUUGUUGGAUCACAUUCCAGUCAGAGAUUUGGUUUUGUACAAAUACAAAGGCUGUUACAAAAUGCUGCCAAAUGCGUGGAAGGUGAUCAAUGCAAUUAGAUUAGUUGGUAUUUUAAUGUGUUUUUCUUUUUGAAUAAGCGCCUUUAAACAUCUGCGUCUGCUGGGUAUGAAAGCUGUAGUUAUUUAAAACACUACCUCAUCGGCAGAGAUUAAGUCUUUUAUCUUGGUGCUUUUUUUAUGCUUACUUGGUUUAUUUUGCAAAAGGCUAAUAGUGUAUCACUGCAUAUAAAUGUAGCAAUUUUCUAUUUUUUUUUUUUAACUACAAUAUUAUUAAAAUGGAGCUUUUUUCUA